GUGACGUCAAUUCCCGGAAGCGCGGGCGCCGCUCGGCGAGUCCGGAACCGCUCAGCUCCACCGAGACCCGGGAUCGAACCCGGGUCCCUCCGCUUGCCCCUCUGUCCCUUCUGUCCCCUCCUGUUCCUCUGUCCCCUCUGUCCGUCCGCUGUCCCUUCUCUCCCCAGUUUCCCCACUGUCCCUCUGUCCCCUCUCUCCCCGCUGUCCCCUCUGUGCCCCCUCUGUCCCUCUUUCCCCCUGUCCCUCGCGUGUCCCUCUGUCCCUUCUGAUCCUCCUGUCCCGCUGUCCCCUCUCUCCCCGCUGUCUCCUCUGUCCCUCUGUCCCCUUCCCUCCCCUCUCUCCCCGGUUUCCCCUCUCUCCCUUCCCUCCCCUCUGUCCCCUCUCUCCCCUUUGUCUCCGGUGUCCCCUCCGUCCCUCUCUGCCCCCGUCCCCGUUGUCCCCGCCGCUGUCGGGUCUCUCCCGGUGCCCGGGAUGGCGGAGGGCGGCCCGCGGCGGCUCCGGCCCUGGUUGCUGGCCCAGCUGCAGAGCGGGCGCUUCCCCGGUUUGCAGUGGGACGACGCGGCCCAGACGGCGCUGCGGAUCCCGUGGGCGCACGGCGGGCGGAGCGGGGCCCGCGAGGGCUCGGGGGCGGCGCUAUGCAAAGCGUGGGCGGAGUACAAGGGGCGGCUGCGGCCCGGGGACCCCCCCGACCCCGCGGGCUGGAAGACGCGGCUGCGCUGCGCCCUGGCCCGGAGCCCCGAGUUCCGGCAGCUGCCGGGGCGGGGCCGCUCCGACGGGCCCUGCCCGUACCGCGUGUACCGGGUGCUGCCCGCCCGCGAGCCAAAGCCCCCCAAGGGCCGGCAGAGCCAGAAGGAGGCGGGGCUGAGCCCCACGGAGCCCCUCCCACCGACCCCGCCCCCCGAGAGCCAGGAUGGAACCACGGAUGAGGAAAAGCCCGAGGCUCCGCCCCCGGAAGUGCUGCCCCUGCGCAUCGAGGUGGAGAGCGCAGAGCCCCUCCCCCCUGCCGACG